AUGGCGGGUUUUGGGAUGGUGGCGAGGGACAACGCCGGCGAGGUGCUCUCGGCUGCUGCGAAAUUUCCAACACUUGCUCUUUCUCCAACAGUGGCUGAAGCUUUGAGUCUUAGGUGGGCUAUGGAAUUGUCUGUGGAUCUUGGGUUCAGACGCGUUCAGUUCGAGACAGAUUGCUUACCCCUCUUUCAGGCUUGGAAGAAGGCGAAUGGAACUUCUUAUAUUUUUUUACUUAUUUUCGAUUGUCGUAGUUUAUUUUCAGCUUUUGAUUAUGUUGAUUUGUCUUUUGUUUGUCGCCAAGGGAACUCUUGUGCUGAUUAUCUUGCUCGGCGCGCCUCUACCUUUCAGAAUGUUCUCUGGAUAGAGGAAGGUCCGCCAGAGCUUACUAGUUUUUUGCUUUCUGAUGUAUUGGCUUCUAUGCCGGAUCCUAUUUGA